GUUAAACCCGUAGCUUUGUGCCUUGUUUUCGCUUCUCAACAUCUCGGUAUCCCAACACCGAGCUGCCUGCGGUGCCAGAGCUGAAGCGUGGGCUGGACAAGGGGAGCUUAUCAGCGCCACCUCCACUUCUAGCUACAAGCACCUCCUACAUCACCAAUCAUCUCCCCCCCGCUUUCUGUGAGACUCUCAUACCAAGUUCACCUGCUGGACGCUUCGUCCUUUAUCCUUUGUCCCUGCUCCGUGCAGCUCCGCCUCUUCCUUUUCUUUGUCUCCUCAGUUCUUGCCAUGGCGAAUAAGGGAGACGAUGGGAUACCGACUCUGGACGAGCUGGAAACUGCGCUGGCCUCCGAUACAAAGGUCAAGCUUGCAGGCAUUGAUGUUGACGGGGUCCUCCGAGGCAAGUUAGUCUCCAAGAAGAAGUUUCUCUCGGUCGCCAAAGAUGGAUUCGGCUUCUGCAGCGUCGUCUUCGGCUGGGAUAUGCACGACAUGACCUACUUCCGCGAGCUCGAGAUCAGCAAUAAAGAGAAUGGAUACAAAGAUUUGGUGGCCAAAGUCGACCUUUCCAGUUACCGGCGUAUACCAUGGGAGGAUAGUGUGCCUUUCUUCCUUGUCAGUUUCCACGAUCCAGAUACCAACAAACCCAUCUGCGCGUGCCCCAGAAGUCUGCUGCGGACGGCUGUUGCGAAGCUGCACAAGGCUGGCUAUGGAGCGAUGGCUGGCGCGGAGUACGAGUUCUUCACAUAUCGCGCUCCCAGAGACGAGUCCAUCCAGACGAGCCACAAUUCCUCUUCCACGACAGCCCCUUUUCUGCAGACUAAUCCCGUCUCCGCCCUCCCGCACCUGACCCAAGGCAUGUUCGGCUACUCCCUAACAGAUCCUAUACACAACCAGGAUUGGUUUUACAGCAUUUUCAAUACCUGUGAAAAGUUCAGAUGUAAUGUGGAAGGCUGGCAUACAGAAUCAGGACCGGGAGUUUUCGAAGCUGCCCUGGAGUUUGGGGAGGUCACCGAGAUGGCAGACCGGGCAAGUCUGUUCAAAUACGUCGUCAAAGCCAUGGGAAGCAAGUACGGGAUUACCCCCACAUUUAUGGCGAAGCCCAAAGAAGGGCUCCCCGGGAACAGUGGACACAUGCAUUGCUCCAUCGUGGACAAGUCUUCUGGGAAAAACCUCUUUUACCGAGGCGAGAAGGACCCCAACCCUCCAUAUAAGGACCUCGAGUAUGUGUCAGACCUGGGCCGACAUUUUCUGGCAGGACUACUGGAUGGUCUUGCUGAUGUCAUGCCAAUCAUUGCACCCACGAUCAACUCGUACAAGCGGCUGGUCGAGAACUUCUGGGCUCCAGUCACGGUCUCUUGGGGUCUUGAGCAUCGAGCUGCAUCUAUUCGUUUGAUCGCUCCUCCGACCGCAUCAGCAAAAUCCACAAGAUUCGAAAUUCGAGUCUGCGGGGCUGACGCCAAUCCGUCUUUAGUGCUGGCCACUAUUGUCGCCCUCGGUUGGAGAGGCGUGGAGAAGAAGCUGGAAAUCAAAUUACCACCGCUCGGUAAAGGUGAAGAGGUUGGGAGUCUCAGCGACAAGGGUGAGCGAUUACCCAAGAACCUUAGAGACAGCACGGCACGAUUCACGGCGAAAGGCAGUGUCGCCCGGGAAGUGUUCGGCGACGAGUUUGUGGAGCACUAUGGUGGUACCAGAGAACACGAGCUCCGAUUAUGGGAUGAGGCUGUCACGGAUUGGGAGGUAAGAAGAUAUAUUGAGACCGUAUGAGACGAUACCCGCUGGACGAUUUGAGCAACGCUACCCCUACGAUGCAGGGGAUCUUAUGAUAUAUCUGGUAUACGAAGCUCCGAGGCGGCUUUUACAGGAACCGGCAUACUCUGCUGCUUGCAACAGCACAGCUUGUGGUAACAUCAGAUUGACCGUGCUGAACACUGAGGCGCCUGUUUUGACAAGAAACUGUCACUGCAUGAAAGAGCGCCAGAUCAACUUCAGAAAGAAUUGGUGACGAUGCACGCCUGACAGCCGCCCGAAUACGGGAGACACCUUUUGAGGUAUACGAGCAAAGCAACCUGACAGACAGUUUGUACCUACAAUAUGUCUCGUUCCCUUUCCUUCUCCAUUGUUUUUCUGUGAAGGUAAAGCGAGAGGAAAUGGUGUCUUCCCAUUGUUUUCACGAGGAGAUUCCUGUUGCUGAUAGCGCGAGGCUAUUGAAUGACUUGUGCAACGAAACAAUGACUGGAGUGAAAUGGCUUCUUUGUGCCGGACCUCUCAACUCUGGAUGGAUUCCUGGACCGCUCUGUUAUUGUCUUUACUCAUACUUAUUGUCCUUAAUGUGUCCAUUUAUGGAAACAUGUUCAACAAUGGCGCGCUUUAUUGCACUUUCCUGGCUGCUAUUCCUGUCACUUCAGAGAUGCAUU